AUGGCGAGCAGAGUGAUCCGCCUGUUCAAGGGGCGUCGGGGGAAUAAUGGCCCUGCAGCUGCCCCAGCGCAGCAGCAGCCUGCAGAGCCGGAGCAGUUGCAGCCGCUGCAGGACGAUGCAGCCAAGGACCGGACUCAGGAGCGGGAGCCCGCCCGUGGCCCAUUCCGCAGAGCAGCCAAGGCACUGCGGAGGCUCCUGCGCCUGCCCCGCAGACAGACCCGCGGCACCGCCACCGAGGGCACGGCCCAGCCCGACUCCGGGCCCGAGGAGCUGCGGGCAGAGGCUGCUGCCAGCACAGCGGCCUCGGAGCCGGCAGCGGCCUCUGAGCAGGCAACGGCCGAGGGCAGGGUGGAGGCCGACAUGGCCCUGACCGAGGGCAUGGCCCCCUCAGACUCCCAGGCUCAGGGCAUGCCAGCGACCGAGGCCAUGCCCACCCUGACCGAGACUCCUGCACCAGCUCUGGAGAUUUUCCAGAAUGCUGCUGUUUCUCCACAGCAGGUGCUGGCCACGGUCAGGGACAUCCUGGAGAGGCUCGCGUCCUGUGCCACUGUGGACGCUGGGCUGAAAAUGGAGAUUCUGAGCCUGGCUGAGGAACAUCCUGCCCAGGUGGCGAUGAGCCUCCUCAGCUGUGCCCCAACAUGUGACAGAGCCACGGCGCUGAUGUGGAGAGCCAUCGGCACGUCGGAAGUGGCUGUGGAGGAGGUGCUUCCGGCGCUGCUCUCCGCCCUGGAGGAGGAGCCACCGUACGGCGGCUUCUACUGCUGCGGGGACAACGAGGCCGUCUUUGGCCUGGCUGCAACCCUGGUGCUGUGGAGGAUUGCCCCCAUGUCCGAGUGGCAUUCUGCUGUUGCCAAUCACUCUCCCCAACUCUUCGUGGCUCUGCUCCUGCAAAUUGUCACCAUGACAGAGCAGACGGCAGAGGACGCGGAGACCCGGAGCUUCUGGAGAGCGUGCCAGGAGGAACACGGCCUUCCCGGCAACCCCAGCAGUUUUGCAGCGCAGACCAUGAAGGCUCUGCUCUCCAGAGUGGGAUAUGCCUGGAAGCUGGCAGAUCUGGAGCACAUGCGGGUCUGGCAGAAGCUGCUCUGUGCCGACACCCAGCACUAUGCAGCGGCUCUGCUGGCCAGGGAGGUGCGCUGUGCCGCGAUGCCCUUUCGAUCCUUCUGUCCCUGCAUGGCCUCGCACCUGCUCGGCCUGCUCGUUGGGAAGCAGCCACGCUGCCCUCUGCCUGCCCUGGCUUUCUUUGUGGAGCUCCUGCCGUGCCUGGACUUGAGCAAAGACGGCCCCAGGGCCCUGCUGGUGCUGUCCAGGCAGCUGCCCAGUGAGUGCAGGGACAGGCCGCGCCUGGCGCUCCGAGGCCUCGUGGUGCUCAGCAAGGAGCCCUCGCUGGGCAGAGGAAUACGCGGCCUGUAUCCACACCUGGUGCAGCAGCUGGCCGACCCAGACGCAGAGAUGGUCGGCAUGACCCUCUGCGUGCUGACGCGUGUGCUCCAGGACAAAGACCUCGUGCUACCCAGCGUCAUCGCCCUGAAGCUGGCUGAGCCCCUCCCGCCCCACUUUGAGAAUGACAACAGCCACGUGCAGCUGCUCUCCAUUCGCCUCUUCGGCAAGGUGACGGAGCUGGUGGUGGAAGAGGGGGAAAAUCCUCUCACAACAAUCGUGAGCCAGAGCCUGCUCCCUCUAUUCUUGCGUUGGCACGAUGAGAACCUGCACGUGUCCAAGGCCUCUGGCGAAGCCCUGCUUUAUGCGGCACGCUUCCUGAGGAGGAGGGACCUCGAGGAGCUGCUGAGGAAGGAGCAGCGGAUGAAGUUCGCCGAGCGCCUGCUGCUGCAGGACGAGAGCCGAGCGGCCGAGCACCUGCGCUGGGCCCUGCCGUACCUGCAGAGCCCGCAGCGGCCCGUGCGACGGGCGGCCGUCAGGAUCAUCGGGCUGGCCGGAGUGCUCGUGACGGGGCAGAAGGAGGAGCUCCAGGUCCUCACUGAGGCUCUUCAAGCCCUGAGAGGAGAUGAGAGCCUGUCCUGCACCAGCAUUCUGAUUCAGCUGAUCUUCGAAAGAAGAUCUGCAGAACUUGGUUUGUCUGCUGGAUCAGAUGUUCCGGCCUCCUUCGGGGAUUUCCAGUUCCUGUUGAAGAAGGGAGCACCUGCAGAGCAGGAUGGACCAGCUGGAGCUCCAGGCACAGCUCUUGCUGCUCAGAGCUGAGCCUGUGGGAAGCUCCAGGAGCUCCUGCCACCUCUCUCCCCGUUGGCAGCUCCCUCCCUGCAGCCCUCAAGCCCUGCCCAUCCCCUUUUUGACUUCCCAGCUCACCCCUUGGCUUCGCUUUCCCUUCAUAAACAGUUUCCCAAAACCCUAAGAUGGGAGCACCUGCAGAGCAGGAUGGACCAGCUGGAGCUCCAGGCACAGCUCUUGCCGCUCAGAGCUGAGCCUGUGGGAAGCUCCAGGAGCUCCUGCCACCUCUCUCCCUGUUGGCAGCUCCCUCCCUGCAGCCCUCAGGCCCUGCCCAUCCCCUUCUUUACCUCCCAGCUCACCCCUUCCCUUGGCUUUCCCUUAAUAAACAGUUUGAGUUUUUCACUUGA